GCGGCCGCCUCCCGGAGCGUCUGGGGAGCCGCGGGCCGUCGCAGGCUCGGGCGUCGCAGGACGCGGACCCGAACCGCGGGACGCGGCCCUGGGAGCAGCUCGCCCCGUCCCCGCCGCCCGAUGUCCUCAAGAUGGAGGCAGCGGGGGCGGCGGCGUGAAGAAAGCCGCGCUGUGCGCGCGGGAGCAGCUGCCGGGGCUGUCCGGGCGGAGACGGCGGCGGGAUGGGGCUGCUGCUCCUGAUCCUGGCGUCGGCGGUGCUGGGCUUCUUGCUCACGCUCCUCACCCAGUUCCUGCUGCUUUACCGCAGACAGCCCGAGCCGCCGCCGGACGAGGCCGCCCGCGCGCGCGACGGCUUCCGCUACCUCAGGCCGGUGCCGGGCCUGGCCCUGCGGGAGUACCUUUAUGGCGGUGGCGGCGGGGCCGAGGAGCCCGCCGCCGGGCCCUGCGAGGGCGGCGCCACCCCGACCCCGGAGACCCCAGCCCCGCCGACGCGGGAAACCUGCUACUUCCUCAACGCCAUCAUCCUGUUCCUGUUCCGGGAGCUGCGGGACACCGCACUGGCCCGCCGCUGGGUCACCAAGAAGAUCAAGGUGGAGUUCGAGGAGCUGCUGCAGACCAAGACGGCGGGGCGCCUGCUGGAGGGGCUGAGCCUGCGGGACGUGUUCCUGGGCGAGACCGUGCCCUUCAUUAAGACCAUCCGGCUGCUCCGGCCCGUGGUGCCGUCCGCCGCCGGGGAGCCCGACGGCCCCGAGGGAGAGGCGCUGCCCGCCACCUCCCCGGAGGAGCUGGCCUUUGAGGCGGAGGUGGAAUACAACGGGGGGUUCCACCUCGCCAUCGACGUGGACCUGGUCUUCGGCAAGUCCGCGUACCUGUUCGUCAAGCUGUCCCGCGUGGUGGGGAGGCUGCGCUUCGUCCUCACCCGCGUGCCAUUCACCCACUGGUUCUUCUCCUUCGUGGAGGACCCCCUCAUCGACUUCGAGGUGCGCUCCCAGUUUGAAGGGCGGCCCAUGCCCCAGCUCACCUCCAUCAUCGUGAAUCAGCUCAAGAAAGUCAUCAAGCGCAAGCACACCCUCCCCAGCUACAAGAUCAGGUUUAAGCCAUUUUUUCCAUUCCAAACCGUGCAAGGAUUUGAAGAAGAUGAAGAAGAGCAUAUCCAUAUACAACAGUGGGCACUCACUGAAGGCCGCCUUAAAGUCACACUGUUAGAAUGUAGCAGGCUGUUCAUUUUCGGGUCCUAUGACCGAGAGGCAAACAUCCAUUGUACACUCGAGCUGAGCAGCGGAGUUUGGGCAGAGAAACAGAGGAGUUCUAUUAAGACGGUUGAAUUAAUUAAGGGGAAUAUACAAAGUGUCGGGCUCACACUUCGCUUUGUCCAGUCCACCGAUGGCUAUGCCGGGCACGUCAUCAUUGAGACUGUGGCCCCGAACUCGCCUGCUGCGAUUGCGGACCUCCAGAGGGGAGACCGGCUGAUCGCCAUUGGAGGUGUGAAAAUCACGUCUACGCUGCAAGUGCUGAAGCUGAUCAAGCAGGCCGGAGACCGCGUCCUGGUGUAUUACGAGAGGCCCGUGGGCCAGAGUAAUCAAGGCGCCGUGCUGCAGGACAAUUUUGGACAGUUGGAGGAAAACCUCCUGCCAAGCUCGUGCCAACCGAACUACGAGGAAGAAGCAGCCGGGCUGGCGGUGGACGCCGAGAGCAGAGAUCUGGACUCGGAGUUUGAAGACUUGGCGGGUGACGUUCGAGCCCAGACUGAGGGCAGGGAAGAGGCGCCGGCGGCGGGUCACAGUCCCAGGCGCACCCCGACGUCGCUCUCCGUCAGACCCCUUGGAACGGUGUCGCCAGUGCUAAACCGAAAAUUAGUCGUAGGACCUCACCCCCCACCACCAAAGCCCCCGUCCAAAGAAGGAAGCAAACCCUUAGCCCUAAAGCCCCCCGAGGCAACAGACCCAGCACAAGUGUCCAAACCCACCCAGGGGCCCACGUUCAAACCGCCGGUGCCACCGCGCCCGCAGGUGAAAGCCCCUUUGCCUUCCGCCGACGCACCGAGCCCGGCGGAACCCGAGGUCCCUGUCGAAAAGCUGGAAAAGGCGCCGCUGCCGCCGCCUGCAGAAAAACCUGCUGAGAAGCAAGCGAGAACGCUGGAUCACCUGGAAGACGUGGCCGCGUCGAAGCAGUUCUUAACGAAGCAAGAGGUGGCGAAAGACUUAACGUCCGAAGGUCCCUGCCCCCCUAAGGACAGUUCGGACGACCCUCAAAUGUGGGAAUCCUCAGAAAUUCCCUAUCGUAAUAAGCUAGGAAAAUGGACACGAACCAGAGCGACCUGUGUCUUCGACAUAGAGGCCUGCCACAGGUACUUGAACAUUGCGCUGUGGUGCAGGGACCCGUUCAAGCUGGGGGGGCUCAUCUGUUUGGGGCACGUGAGCCUGAAGCUUGAAGAGCUGGCUUUAGGGUGCCUCGCUACAUCGAACAUGGAGCACCUCUCCAAGUUCCGGCUGGAGGCCCCGUCCCCUAAGGCUGCGGUCACCAGAACCGCACUGCGCAACCUGAGCAUGCAGAAGGGCUUCAAUGACAAGUUCUGCUUUGGUGACAUCACUGUUCACUUCAAGUAUUUGAAAGAAGGAGAACCGGACCACCAUAUAGGCGCUAACUUGGAGAAAGAGAGGGAGUUUCAUUUGGUGGAGGAGGUUUCUGCCUUCCCGAAGGAGGAGCACUCUGCCGGCCAGGUGGGCUCACCGGAGAAUAAACAUAGCUUCCAGGACACGCAGUUCCAGAACCCAACCUGGUGCGACUACUGCAAGAAGAAAGUGUGGACUAAAGCUGCCUCCCAGUGUAUGUUCUGUGCCUACGUUUGCCAUAAAAAAUGCCAGGAAAAGUGUCUCACCGAGACUCCGCUCUGCGGAGCCGCCGAUAGGCGGCUAGACCGCGCCCUGAAAAACCUCAGGCUGGAAGGACAGGACACCCUCCUGGGCCCGCCUGUCCGCGCCGACGCCGACGCCAGCAAGUCGGCCAACAAGACGACGGGGUUGACGAGGCACAUCAUCAACACGAGCUCCCGGUUGUUAAAUCUGCGGCAGGUGUCUAAAACCCGCCUCUCCGAACCGGGAGCCGAUCUGGUAGAACCCUCCCCAAAACACACCCCCAACACGUCGGACAACGAGGGCAGCGACACGGAGGUGUGCGGCCCGCACAGCCCCUCCAAACGGGCCAGCAGCACGGGGAUGAAGCUGGUGAGGAAGGAGGGCGGCCUGGACGACAGCGUGUUCAUCGCGGUGAAAGAGAUUGGCCGCGACCUGUACAGGGGCCUGCCUACGGAGGAGAGGAUCCAGAAACUGGAGUUCAUGCUGGAUAAACUGCAGAAUGAGAUCGAUCAGGAGUUGGAACAUAACAACUCCCUCGUCAGAGAAGAGAGAGAGAUGGCCGACACGAGGAAAAAAUCCCUUCUCUCCGCUGCUUUGGCUAAGUCGGGUGAGAGACUGCAGGCCCUGACGCUGCUUAUGAUCCACUACCGCGCGGGCAUCGAGGACAUCGAGUCCUUGGAGAGCCUGUCCUUAGACCAGCCCUCCAAAAAGAUCAGCAAGUACACGGACGAUACAGAGGAAGAUCUGGAUAGUGAAAUAACCCAACUAAUAGACUCGCAGCCAUUCAGCAGCAUAUCAGACGACUUAUUUGGCCCAUCUGAGUCUGUGUAACAGUCUGUCUGAACUUUCAAGUGGUUGGGGGAAAGUUGCAUCCAAAGUACCGUGGAUAUACCCGCGCUGACACCCUCCUCUAAUGCGCUUCGGUCUGCUUCUCCACAGUUAUUUGCUUGUGUUAAGAACCAGAAUGAAAAGGUUGUUUUCCAGCAAAAACAUGACCGGCUCACUGAAUGGGUUAUUUCAGAUUGCAUUUACCGCUCUGCUUGUUGGGUUUAUACUUGGAAUUUAUUUUUACUAAUUUAUUUUUAACUUUUUCUAAUUAUGAGAUUAUGUAAGCUGACUUUUCAUGUUGGUGUAUGUGAUGUCUCAUUGUGCUGUUUUCCUUCCUCUUCGUUUUUGAAUCAGUGUCAAGUAGGAUGCUGUCCAGCUUCUCGUAACGUUUGUGUCUCUAUCACGGUUGUAACAGACCGCUGCGUGCCCGAAUCGACGGCAGCGAUCAUUGAGGGAACAGGCUUUGAAUCUUACUUUGUGUUAGAAGUUUGUUAUCUCUACUUGCUUGAGAUUUUUAUUAUUUUUGGGAUUCUGGGGGGGUGCUUUUUGUCUUGUUUUUGCCAAAUGUAUCAUGAAAGCAGAUGCUAUGGUUCUAGUCAGUUCUAUUGAUUUAGUAAAAAAAAAAAUUUUUUUUUUUACGUAUAUUGCUUGCUUUAUAUGCCUCUGUGAAAUUUUUCUCUAAAGGUUUUGUGCAGUUGAAGUAUAGUGAGGAUAUAGUGAUUAAUUUGAAGAGCUUGCACCGAAAAACAAAAUGUAAUAAGGAGUAAAUACAGAACAGAGUUGGUAAAGGAUUUCGUAGCGAGAUGAUGAGAUUGCUGAAAAACAGCAACCAUUGGGAUUUUGAAACAUCAUCUUUCAAAUGUUGUUUUCCCUUUAAAUGGAAGUUCUAAACAUUUGAUUAUUUUUCAUCUUCAGUUCUCCCAUAGGAAAUAAAGCACGUGCAAGGAUAUUUCAAGUUUCAGAGGACUGUUCUUAAAAUGACCAUGCUGAUAGCUGGUUCGGGCUGUUUUGCUCUAGAAACAUUUUCAUGUAGGAAAAUGUGAAGGAGAAGAAUCAUACGCAAUAGACUUACUGCUUUGUCUGACAUCCUACAGGCUUCAAGGAAUGGUGAUCAUUCCAAAUGCUCCUGUAGCUCAGACUUUCAUACAUGAGGGAAAAAAGAAAAUUAAGUAGAAAAAAUAGACAGUAUAGAUACAUAGGAAGUGGGGCCAGUUUUCUGAACACGAAGAUCUGCUGUGGUCCCCGGGCCAUCGCGUGGGUGCCAGUGACACGCGAGUGAGGGCGACGUGGGCUCGGCCCCGGUCGGCGCGCCAUGGCAGCUGUGGCCUUCCUUCUGCCUCUGCAAAGAUCCAUAUGUUCCUCCUUUUUGUUGGCAGCUACUAUGAUAAUAUAUAUGUAAAAAAUAUAUAUAUACAAGCCGUCCCGCCUAGUUUUAUAUAUAUAAAGCUUGUAUGGCUGGCAGAAAAAGGCAUGGUAUGAUAGUAUGGAUUCUGGCCCAAAUCUGUAGCCCAGGACACCACACUAGAGUUUUAAGUCCUAGCUCUCCCACUGGCUGUAAAUGAACUGUAUAACCAUAAGCAAGCCACAAAAGGGCUGCGUGCUGCAGCUCCGAGUAGGAAUAAACAAGAUUUACUCUACCUCACGAGAUCGUUGUGAGGAAAGCAAUAGCAUUACAUAACUGAGUGCUCUGAGUAGCAGAGUUAUUCCAAUAAAGGUAUGACUUACAUGGGCGAUAAAAGCAUUUCUGAGGGUAGAAAAGUUACUCCACUCUUUAAAAUCAAUAGCCAAUUCUCAUUUCUGCUAUUAAGUGAAAUAUUAGGAAACAAUACUUCUCUUGGCCAAGCUAAUAACAAAAAUAUAGCUGUGUAUGCCCCCCUUGGUUUAUUUAAGCAUGCUUGUGUUUUCCAAGAACACUGCUGUAGAAGUCUUUAUACACAAAAUUCUCUGAAAGCUAAAACGUUAAUUCUGUAACACGUGCUUGAAACAGGCUGCCCAACGUGAUAACCAACGUUCAUCUUAUAAAAAUAACUUACCGUCGAUAACCGGGGAGGUGGCGUGUCUGUAAGUGGCUGGUGUUUGUGGAUCAUACCACGGAAGUCGUAGCGACGGACAUCCAAGCACGCUGCUGAGACAGAUGCAUUUGAAAGAGCUGUAGAAAUGCGACGAAACUUGGGUUUCAUGACAAUCUACUCGUGCUUUGCAAGUGUUGAACGCUGUAGAACCACAGCCAUGGAAAGCUCAGGCACGCUGCUCAUGCUGUUUGUAAAAUAGCCCUCCGUGCAGUGCGGUGUUUGACACAUGUCCUGGGAGAAGCGGGAGAGGCGCCGUGGUCGUGCUUUGGUGCAGGGGGAACACUCCAGAUAGCGUAGCGGGUAGCUAGGGAUGAGGCUCCGAUGAACACAGUUGUUACUAUAUUACAUUCCUGAUGUAAUCUUGCUGCCAUGCUAUGUUAUCAAUAGCUUAAAACAAUAAAGAGAAACUACCACAGAAAA